GUUCCAAUAAGAAAGAAAGAAGCCCUAGCUAGCUAGGGCUAGAAAGAAAGAUUGAAAGAUGGAAAACUCGUCGAGUAGAAGAGACGAAGAAGAAGAAGAACAACAGCAGUCGAAGAAGCAGAAAGUAGUAGGUUUUGAUAACGCCCUGCUUCCACUUGCAGCAUACGAAGACGAAGAAGAGGAAGAGGCAGAGAAGCAACAAGAAGAAGAAGAAGAAGAGGAAGAGAAUGGAUUUGGUGGUGAAGGGGGGAGGCGUAAUAGGACUAUUGAACUCCGUAGAGACUGUCCUUACCUUGAUACAGUUAAUCGCCAGGUUUUGGAUUUUGACUUUGAAAAGUUCUGUUCAGUGUCACUAUCAAAUUUGAAUGUGUAUGCAUGUUUGGUAUGUGGUAAGUAUUUCCAAGGAAGAGGCCACAAGUCACAUGCAUAUACUCAUAGCCUCGAAGCAGGACACCAUGUCUACAUCAAUCUUCGCACCGAAAAAGUAUAUUGCCUCCCUGAUGGUUAUGAAAUCAAUGAUCCUUCACUUGAUGAUAUUCGACAUGUUCUUAACCCAAGGUUUAAGAAAGACCAAGUUCUGCAACUUGAUAGAAAUAGACAAUGGUCAAGGGCGCUUGAUGGUUCUGAUUAUCUUCCUGGAAUGGUCGGGCUUAAUAACAUUAAGGAGACUGAUUUUGUUAAUGUCACCAUUCAGUCUUUAAUGCGAGUGACCCCCUUGAGAAACUUUUUUCUCAUUCCUGAAAAUUACGCUGACAGUAAAUCUGUCCUUGUUCACCGUUUUGGUGAGCUCACAAGGAAGAUAUGGCAUGCAAGGAACUUCAAAGGACAGGUUAGUCCUCAUGAAUUUUUGCAAGCAGUUAUGAAAGCCAGUAAAAAACGAUUUCGUAUAGGGGCACAGUCCGAUCCUGUUGAAUUUAUGUCGUGGCUUCUCAAUACACUGCACACAGACCUUAAAAGUUCAAGGAGAAAGACCAGUAUUAUCCAUCAGUGUUUUCAGGGAGAACUGGAGGUUGUGAAAGAGAUAAAUGCAAAAGAUGGUGCUGAGACCAGUAGGAUGCCAUUUUUGAUGCUUGGACUAGAUUUGCCGCCACCCCCACUUUUCAAAGACGUAAUGGAGAAAAAUAUAAUUCCUCAGGUUCCACUUUUCAACAUACUGAAGAAGUUUGACGGGGAGAGUGUAACUGAAGUAGUGCGUCCUCGUGUAGCCAGGAUGAGAUAUCGUGUUACAAAACUUCCACAGUAUCUUAUUCUUCACAUGCGUCGCUUCACAAAGAAUAAUUUCUUUGUGGAGAAAAAUCCAACCCUUGUUAACUUCCCUGUGAAAAAUCUGGAGCUGAAGGAUUAUAUACCAUUACCAUUACCAUCUAAAGAGGGAGAGGAAGAAAGAGUGCGUUCCAAGUAUGAUUUGAUAGCAAACAUUGUUCAUGACGGUAAACCAGGUGAAGGAGCAUAUAGGGUAUUUGUUCAGCGCAAGUCGGAAGAGCUCUGGUAUGAGAUGCAGGAUCUCCAUGUUGCAGAAACACUUCCGCAGAUGGUUGCGCUUUCUGAGGCUUACAUGCAGAUAUAUGAGCAGCAACAUUUGGAUUCUCAAAAGCAGCAGGUGGAGGCUGCAAAGUAAUGAAGAGCUUUGUGUAUGUUGAGAGUUUUAGCCAUUUGCUUUGCAGAGAUGAAUUCGUGUUUCAUUGACUUGGUUUUUCUAGACAUGGCCAGGCCAAGAUUAUGUGUUGUUAUUUUGAUGGAAUCAAAUAGAAUGAUUAGAUAAAUGCAAGACGCAUAGUUGGUUAACUAAAUAAAAAUUUUGUUUAAUUGGCAGUC